GAAAAGGCCAGGAGCACAGUUGCCUCUGCCUUCGCAUCGGGAUCUAUAAGGAACAGUUUGCGUCCUCAUCAGUCUGUGAGUCUGCGUAUCAAUCCACCUACAACCGGAUUGGCGGGACCCGACCUUGACCAUGUCCUAUCAAAGUGCAUUGAGGCGACAGCCGCUAAGGGUGGCGACCAAUGGCUUGGACCAGACCUCAUUACUCUACCGAAAACAGAAUCCAUCGAUGAAUUACUCUGGGUGGAAGCGCGAAUCCUGAAGCUGUUCAAAGGGGCCUCGAAACCAGUGCCAAACAUCUCCCUCAUCGGCAUGGUCGAAUCUCCCAAGAGUCUAAUAAAUAUGACUGAUCUCUGCAAGGAGGCUAAAAAAUUGAAACUUCCCCUAGUCGCUAUGGUGUUUGGUUCCGAUGAUUACUGUGCUAGUUUAGGCAAGUUCUUGACUGAGUCUAUCUCCUUCCUACAUAUAUUGCCCUUGAGAGUGUUAUAUACGCCAACCUUUGGGCUAUUUUUGCUCGCUUUUUGCGUUGAGACAUUGUGA